UAGGAAAUUAAAGACAGGUUAAAGAAACAUGUGUGUGUUGUUGUUGUGUUCAGUCCUUCGCCGACCGCGGCCCGAGGAUGCGCAUGAUGGCGUCCGCGCAGUCCUGGGUGAGGCCCUUCUGGCGCGUCGUGUGGACGAAGUGCCCGUGGAAGAAGGACGCGUGGGGCGAGUUCGUCACGUCGAGGUCGUCGAUGGCCACCCAUUUCAGGUCGGGGUGCGUCCGCGCCGAGGCCAUCCAGGCCGCGAUCUCGCAGGCCCGGUUGUGCUCGGCGACGGGCCAGCCGCAGCGCAGGUCGAAGGGCAGCUGCGGCGUGUCGUCGAUGAUCAGGCACCGAUCGACGCCCGCGCUCUCGAGGCGCUUCACGAGCUUGUUGCGGUACUUGACGUGGAGCCGCCACGUCGACGACAGCACGAUGCGCGACCCCGUCCGCAGGACCGCCUGGGCGAGCCGCUCGACGAGCGACGAUUUGAUGGCGUCGCGCGGCCGGCACGAGUCCGUGUUGAGCACGCCGUCAACAUCCAAGAAGAUGAUCUUGCGCGCGCUCGCGACGUAGUUCCGCGGGUCCGGCCGGAAGCGGCGCAGUUCCGUGAGCGACGGGAGCCGCGUCGGCCGCGUGCUCUUCUUGUGCGGGUUCGGGAAGGGCCGCCGUCGUAUCUGCGACGGGAACGAGCCCGGGACGUCGCGCGGCGCCCGCGCGACGGGCGCGAGCGGGCCCUUCGUCCGCCGCUUCCGCCGGGAGAGGACGGCGUCCCAGCCGCUGCGGUAGUGGUCCACCGUGAGGUCGAGCAUGCUCCCGACCGCGCCUCGCCGAGGCUGCCUCUCCGGGUCUGAUCUCUGGGGCCGUGGAGGGGCGCCGGGCGCCGGGUCCCUUCGUCGGCGCCGGGAGGUGGGCGGUCCGAACCCGUUCAGCGGGCUGCCCCUUGCGAGACGGCCCUUCACUCCCUUAAAUGCGGCCUGGGUCGCGCGGUC